CUCGCUGGGCUCGCUCCACGGGGGCCUGCGUGAAGUUAGCCGCCGCUCUGUCGGCACGUCGGCUCUCGAUUGUCCGUAUAUACACACAACGGAGCUCCGUCUCCGCAAGGCGUUCCAGCACCUCUCCUCCAAUCCCGGGGAUGCUCGGAUGCUCCCCCAUUGGACGGGAUUCGGGGGGUUGCAUCCCUCGAGGCUAUUGUGUCGUCGUUUUAAUCCCCUCGAUCCCGGGGAGGCGAUAGAUCGCCGAGAACGCGGUAAUGCGAACCUAACCUCGGAGAUAGCGCAAUGGACGAUGCCGUCUCACUCUCUCUUUCACGGAGUACAAAACGUAUCUCUCACAAGUAAAAGUUCUUCAACCAAAACACCUUUGGACAAAUCCUUCCACUUUUCCCGGCUGAUACUCUUUGGCGUCUCUACGUCGUGCACAGGUACCUGCAUAGAUCUUAGAUCGAUAGAUCUGAGCAGAAAUCGUUCCGAGAAUCGCAAAGGCCAAGGCAACGGCAGGCAGGAAAGCAGGUAUGUAACAACAUGGGAGGUAUCAUAAUUGCUAAGGAAACUACCUCGAGCCCAAACGAUGAUGUUGCCGUUGCUGUCACCGGUGAGAACGUCGCCAUUUUGAUUGAAGGCAACGCAGGUAACAUACCUG